ACAACAAUAGAUUCUUUGCUUCAUUUUCUCAAACUUGUCCCAAUCUCAAACAUUCAUACUCUCAAAACUACUUUCCUCACAACCCACUAAAAAACCCAUAACAUUUCACUAGAUCCAUGGAUCUCAAAACCCUAAUCCUAGCAUUCAUCAUACCAUUAUACCAUAUUAAAUUAGUCUCAUCACAGUCCACACUAUGCAGAAACUCAUGUGGAGGAAUUGCUAUAAACUACCCAUUAACCAUAGAUGAUGGGUGUGGUAGCCCAUAUUAUCGUCACAUUUUGGUAUGCUCCGGAAAUGUACUGGAGCUCCGAACACCAUCUGGUCGGUAUCUGGUUAAGUCAAUCAGUUAUUCGGAUCCACAUAUUUUAGUGUCGGAUCCACUUAUGUGGGAUUGUAAGGAUGAGGAUCGGUUUAGACCCACUAGACCAUUUAGCUUAGAUAGUAGCACACAUCUUUCAUUGUCUAACCAAAAUGAGUAUCUCUUCUUUAAUUGCAGCCCUGAUAAAGUCAUCAUAAAACCCAGGCCAAUGUUUUGCGAGAGGUUCCCGGACCGUUGUGACACAACAUGUGAUCCAGCAAGUUACUUAUGCCGACAUUUCCCACAAUGUGCACCAAAUAAUAAAGCCUUAAGAGAUCUCUCUUGUUGCUCUUACUACCCUAAGGCUAUUGAGUCUUUAAGAAUGAUGCUCAAGCAUUGUGCUACUUAUACUAGCGUUCAUUGGAAGAGCGUUGGUGGAUUAGGCACCUCGCGGCCCUACGACCAAGAACCCGAGUAUGGCGUUCGAGUCGAUUUUGAAGUCCCACUCACAUCGAGCUGCCUACGGUGCCAAGACCGCGCUAAGGGUGGCGGGACUUGUGGGUUUGAUACCACUAACCAGGAUUUUGUAUGUUUGUGUGAACAAAGGAAUGUUACUACGUAUUGUAAAGAUCAUCGCGAUGAAAAACCCAGUGGACACCCUAAUGCAGUUGCAGGAACAGUGACAGCAGUUUCAGUAGCAGGAGGAAUAGGGAUAGGAGCAGGAAUAUGGUACUUGAAGAAAGUGAGAGCAACAGCACCUGUUACACAUGGUGUCCAAACCAAUGACAACAGAGUUUUCUAGUUUGAUGGACUACAAUAUAUCUAUAUAUAUACUUUCUACUCCCAUGCAUUUAUGCAUCAAUGUUGUAUAAACAAAAAUUCCCACAAUUUUUGAUAUCUUUAUUCCUUAUUAUUUUUUGAACAUGUCUACAAUUUAUGAGGAGAGUAAGUAAAGAUAGUGAUUUCUGAUACGUAAUUGUUAAUGUUUUCACUAUUACAAUCAAAAUUAGUAGUAGAUAGGCACA